GGGUUUGGAGGCUUCAGGACCUGGCUGUGAAUCCAGCCAGCUGGUUUCAAACUUUCCUGUGAUCUUCUGCAAGUUAACUAAGUCUCAGUUCCUUGUUUGCGAAGUGUACUUAAUAUGCACCCCAGGGUGAAACAAAUUUGUCUGCAUAGACUGCAGCACUGUGGGCUUGGGAGGCGCCUUAGUGGGUAGGAGUCACUAGUAUCACUGUCUGACUUUUGACAGAAAUUAAGGUGCAUUGGCAAAGGUGUGCCCCGUGGCCAGACAGGUUGGGAGGAGGGCCUGCUAAUAUUUUUUCUUAAAUUGUAAACAGCCAUAUGGAUGAGCAGUAUAUUAUCAAAUUAUGAUUCGGAGAGGACUAUCGCUGACUACCGUUUUCUGGGCAAACCUCUGCUUCAGGAGCUUCUGGCUUGAUUCUUAAGUGGAAGGUAGAGACCUAGGCACUCUGAGUCAACUCCUCUCUGGUUGAGGACUGAGCUUCGGGAUUGCAGAGUGGAGGCAGAACAGUUGGGAUAGGGAAAAGAGAGGCCAAACUAGAUCUGAGGCUGCCGUGGGCCAGGGGCCUCAGGGUCUACCUACUGGCACAGUGAUGCCCCCUGGCUCCUAUUGCUGGUUCAAGUUUGACCAAUCAGAAGUCUCUUUAGCUUAAGGGCGGGGUGUUGGCCAAUGAGACCUUACUGUGAAAUAAAAUGGCUUCAGUUUAUUGUAACUCAGUCAUCAUAGAGGAAUGGAGAAAUCUGGAGCAGGGCAGAUGAAAGGCCAUUAAGGGGUAUUUUAGGGAUCGGAUGGGCUGGGCACCGCGAGGACAGUGGCAUUUGGCGUGGUAAUGAGAAGGAACAUUAGAGGCCUCCGCCUCCUUCCUUUCCUCCUGUGCCGAGUCAGCACAGAUGCUGCAGGGAGGUAUCUCUGGUUGGCUGUGGCUGCCUUUGGGGGCACCAGCUUUGGGGAGGUCAGAGGGCUCUCGAGCUGCCGUUCUGCCCGCAAUCACACCUGCUUGAUGCCUGUGAAUGGCCUUCUGAAUCUCCUGGGCCCUGCUCACCUCUUGGAAUCAAAGAUCAACUCCCACUGAGGAUAAAUGGACGUGUAAUUCUGGGUGUGACUAGAGAGUGAGAUUUGCCUUCCUGAAUUAAAAAGCAGGUCAUUAAGCUUGGGCCCUGACACUUCUUUAUGAGAAGGUACAGAGAUGGAAACCUUACAACCUGAGACUAAAAAGAGGGUCCUUCCCUCAUGGCUGACAGCCCAGGUGGCUGCAAAGAAUGUGGCACCAGUGAAGGCCCCCAAGAGGAGGAGAAUGGCAGCAGUGCCGAUGGCAGCAGCAAGACUCCCUGCGACGAGGACUGUGUACUGCAUGAAUGAGGCUGAGAUAGUUGAUGUUGCUCUGGGAAUCCUGAUUGAGAGCCGCAAACAGGAAAAGCCCUGCGAGCAGCCGGCCCUGGCGGGCACUGAUAACCCACAACCCUCCCCUCCCUGCUCUGUGUCGCCUCACACGAGUUCUGGGAGCAGCAGUGAGGAAGAGGACAGUGGGAAACAGGUACCAGCCCCAGGCCUCAGCCCUUCCCAGAGGCCGGGGAGUUCCAAUUCCCCCUCCAGCAGGAGCCCCGAGGAAGAGGAGGAAGAGGAGGAUGUGCUGAAAUACGUCAGGGAGAUCUUUUUCAGCUAGGGCAUAAACACUGAACUUCCUGCUGAGAGCAGCUGAGCUUCCGCUAGUGCUGCUGGGCUGCUCGCCUGUGGUAAUGGGGCUCUCUGUGCUCCCACCUUUGUGCCUUCCUGGGCCUGGCAGAUUCACUCCAGGCCUUGGGGCUGCCAUUCUGAGUAUGCGGAAGCCAUGGCUCAAAAGAGAUCCCAUUCGAAUCCCUCUGUAUGUACUGCGCCCUCUCCCAGCUCUGAGGCGCUGGAAUCCCAACUGUCUGUGGUAGUCAGUCACUAGGUUCCAGGGAGAAUGAUGUCAUAUGCUGGUCCAACUGACUGGAACCAAAGAGACAAUACUUUUCAAAGAAAGGGAUUGCAGCCAGGCGCACUGGAAUUGCUACAGUUUAGUCUGCAUGAUCUCUCCUAAAGGAGGAAGCCUGUUUAAAAAAUAGUUUCCAUCAUGGUCAAUCAAUGAGCUCCCACCCCUCCAGCCAGCCUAGAAGGCAAACGAGCUACCCACAGUUCUCUGCCCUGUCUGGGAGCUUGAGGCCACAGUGUACAGACUGGUAAGCCCAACAGGCCUCCUCCCUCAAGCUGCUACCUUGCUUUCACCCGUACCUUGGUCCCCAGGCAGUUGCUAUAAAGCAAGAAGGACAGCCCAGAAGAGCCACUGAAGACAAGAGAUCACACCUGAGUCCAUGUUUCCGCCUCUGUUUUCAGUGUGGCCUUGGACAGGCAUAGAUGAGUAAAUCAUUUGCCAUACAGGUUUUCCAAUACACAGGUGCUGGAAAAUACACAAAAUUUCCCAAUG